UCACAGAACUCCGCCCCUUAUACCCCUCCCUCGGCGCGUUUCUCACUAUUGUUUCUAUCGUUCGAAUUGACAGAAGCCACAUGAGGUCAUAGCGCUCAGGAAAACGCGUUUAAAGUAAACAGAAGGUGAAGACUGGAGUCUUUGCAUCUCCACAAUAUUGUGAUGCAAGACAGGAUGUGACAUCAGCAGAUGUAAGUCUUCUGUUUGUGCGGUUUGGGCAUGAGUGGGGAGCCCCGCCCUCAUUCGCCCGGCUGACCAAUCAGAAUGUUUGAGGUGAAACCAAUGAGUGUGGAGAAGAAGGAAACAGCUGUGGGAACAGAUGAGGGCAGUAAGGUGUGUGACACGAGCGCCUGCGAUGAAGACUCUUUAUAUCUGUAUGAGGGUCAGGAUUGGGUCAUCUCGCCCGCCUGUUCUCCGGUGGAACCCAGCGCUCUCUCACCAAUGCUGGCCGAGGAAACUUUUCGCUACAUGACAUUUCUAGCUGUGGGUUCCUCUUCAUUUCCUCAUAAUGGUUCUAACAGUCAAUCUAAAGUUCUCAGCUCUGACCGGGUGGAGCAGAUGACCAAGACGUACAAUGACAUUGACGUGGUCACACAUCUUCUGGCUGAAAGGGACCGGGAUCUGGAAUUGGCCGCUCGGAUUGGUCAGUCUCUACUGCAGAGGAAUCAUGUUCUUCAAGAACGAAACGAAUCUCUGGAGGAGCAGCUCACACAAGCUGUAGAUCAGGUUCAUCAGCUUCAGCAUGAGUUGGGUAAAAAGGACGAACUCCUGCGCAUGGUCGCGAGCGCCAGCGAGGAGAGCGAGACCGACUCCAGUUGCUCCACGCCGCUCCGUCACGCCUCGUCUACAGGAGCCGCUUUCGCCCUCGGCCAGCUGGAAGCGAUGCAGGUCAAACUGCAGGACCUGGAGGAGGAGAACCACGCUUUGAGAUCAGAGGCAUGUCACUUGAAGAAAGAGACCUUCACGUAUGAGGAAAAGGAGCAGCAACUGGUGAACGACUGUGUGAAAGAACUGCGCGAGUCAAGCAGUCAGAUGGUGACCCUGACAGAGGAGCUCUCUCAUAAGAAUGAGGAGUUAUUGAGACAUCAGGAGGAGAUUGCACAAUUACUCUCACAGAUCGUAGAGCUCCAGCAUCGAAUCAAAGAGUUGGCACUAGAGAAGGAAGAGUUGAGAGUUCAUCUACAGGCAUCAAAGGAAGCACAACGACAACUGACUGCUGAGCUAAAGGAGCUGGUAGACAGAAAUGCAGAAUGUGUGGGAAUGCUACACGAAUCUCAGGAGGAGGUUAAGGAGCUGCGCAGUAAGAACACGCCAUCUGCAGGCCUGCGCAGACACCUGCCUUAUGGACUGUACCCUAUGGAUUCUUUGGCAGCUGAGAUUGAAGGCUCGAUGAGGAGAGAAGUGAGCGUCGAGGAGGAGAUCACCUUUCAGGACCAAAGGUCGGCCCAUAAACGCGUGUUCGAGACCGUGAAGUCAGUGAAUAAGUCUGUGAUGAAAGCCGCCGGGCCACCGAUCCCUGGCUCCGCCCACAGCGGUGUCAUCAUGACAGCGCUGCCCCAUCAGUCACACAUGGAGGAUGAAGCUGUACAUCCGGACGGCACCAAAGAAAGCUCUCAUCUGGGUCAGCCUGGUUCUACCGGAGGAAACGACUUAACGUCCGCCAUACAUCGGUUGUCUCUGCGGAGACAGAACUUCCUGUGCGAGCGUCAGUUUUUCCAGGCCGAGAGAGAACGGAAGCUGCAGGAGCUGGCGGCCGCCGAGUCGGAAGGCGGCGGGAGCGGAUGCAGUUCGCCGAUGGGAAGCACAGUUUCUUCUUUUACCAACCUAUCAGAGUUCUCCUUCUCUUCCAACUGUUUCAAAACCUUUCUCCCUGAAAAACUGCAGAUUGUAAAACCAAUGGAAGGAUCUCUUACCCUUCAUCACUGGCAGCAGCUUGCUAGACCGCAUCUGGCCACUAUUCUAGACCCCCAUCCAGGGGUCGUCACCAAAGGCUUUCGUCCUCUCCCGCAGGACGCCGUCUACCAGCUUACAGAUCUUGAAGAAGAUGAAGACCAAGAGAAGAUAUCAGGGGAGCAUAAGAGAUGGGAUGAGAUGGUGCAGGGUGCAAAGACCUCUACAGACCUCAAAGGGGAAGAUGAGGAAGAGGAGGAAGAUGGAGGGAUCACGUUUAAUGUACAGUCAUCAUCCACUCCUGAGGAGAAGAGAGAGAGAAGUCGUUCCCAGACCCCGAACAAUGUCCCGCCCCUUCCUGCGUCCCUCAGGAACUCACCUGUGCCCAUAGCAGCGGUGGUUUCCUUAGCUUCAGCAGUAAACCAGAUGGCUAGUUCUAGCGCGGCAGGGAGCUCUGGAAUCUCUGUGCCAAUGGUUCCCACGCUUGACCUGAACCUCGGGUCUAAAGCGCCCUCUACAGCGGUUAAUCCCGGAAAAUAUCAGAGCUCCACCUUUUCCACAUACACCUUCACUACCUGCCGGAUCCUGCACCCUUGUGACAGCACACAGGUGACAUCUAGCUCUGCAUGUAGUCCUUCAAUCGGUGAUUAUACCCCAAGUUCUCUUCGGACCGGUCCCAGUACUCCAGUCACACCUUGCAGGUUGAGUCUGGGCGACUCUUUCCCCAUCCGCCGCCCUGCAGCGCCCCCCGGUGGCCUAGCUAAACUUCUGCUUGAGAAAGGCAUUUCUGCUCAAGGUCCCACUGUGGUAGCGGCACCAAAAAAGCCCCUUUCUCCACGUCGUCUUCCGAGUACCCCACCCAACUCCCCCUCGCAUUCGCCGUGCCCCUCCCCGGUGCCUUUCGAUUCGCGGACCACCUCUUCUGACAACUUCCUUGCGUCCCGCCCCGCCGAGCUCUUCCUACAAGAUGUUUACGGGCUGAAACUCGGUCGAGCCCCCAGACCGGAUCUCCUGAGCCCCGACCGAUCCCCUCAAGAGCAGGCAAACAAACCCGAACGGCACGGCGUCAACCUCGUUGAGCAUCUUCGUAAGCUAGGCUUGGAUAAAAAAGUUCUCCGAAGUUCUGAUGCCGAAGGUACCCGUAUGCAGGAAUCCUCCACGUUCCUGGCAACGGGAGGAGGGAGUUUACUGGACGGGCUUCGGAGGAAUCAAAGUCUGCCCGCCAUGGUCGGUCGGCGCAGCGCAUCGCUCACCAGUCCCUCCUAUCCUGGACCGCCCCAACACCCUACUUCCUUGGCCCUUCCUACUCCGUCCUGGGGGAACCUAAAUGAACCACGGCGCACACGUAGACACGCCUCUCUUUCUCAGGCCACGGCCCACCUACAUAAUUCAUAAGGAUGUGGGCGUGGUCCAGACUGAACUAUAUACUUUAUACCCCGCAUAACCUUAAUAAUGCCAUCUGUUUUCCCUCCUGCCAUACAUAAACAGAAAGGAAAAUGACUUUGAGAAAAAACAGGAUGUUUUUAAAGCACAAUAAUAAAGUAAAUGUUUAACAGUGAUGUAUUCAAAGUAGCGAUACAUAACGAUUAAUCGCGAUUAAUCUAUAGCAGAAUAAAAGUUUUUGUUUACAUCAUAUAUGUGUGUAAACUGUGUAUAAUAAUGAUGUAUAUAUAAAUAUCCACACAUGCAUGUAUAAUUUUAAGAAAAAAUAUAUAUUUAUAUAUUAAGUAUUUAUAUUAUAUAUAAUAUAAAUUAUACAUAAAUACACAAAUGUAUAUACACAUGUACACAUUUCUUAAAUAUAUACAUGCAUGUGUGUGCAUUUAUCUAUACAAAGUUAUUAUACACAGUUCACAUACAUAUAUGAUGUAAACAAAAACUUUUAUUCUGCUAUAGAUUAAUCGCGAUUAAUCGUUAUGCAUCCCUAAUUCAAAGGCCUUAUAGCACUCUAGAGGAAAUAUAUAUAUUCUUUUUAUCUCUCUCUCCCCCUUAAACAAUAUAUUUUUAACUUUUUCUAUUUGCAUUUCCAUCAAAUUUCCUUAUCUUUAAGUCUUUGUUUCUUUUAUUUAUCUGUGCAUUUGUUUUCUGGGCUGUGGAGAUGCUGAUGGUAUCAGUAGUAGUGCAGAAAGACAAACGUAAGUGAAGAAGGUUGUUGAAUGUAGUGUGAACGGAUAUAAGGAAGAAAGGAUUGAAGUCUAAAGGUAUGCUGAAAACAUGAAGGUUUCUGUAAGUUUUAUCGAAAAUCUGGUCACUUUGAGUCACGAUGGUUUGCAUUAAGAGAUUUAAAAGUGAAGCACAGGAUUGAAAUCAAGAAUGAAGAGAAAAGCAAUGUAGGGAAGAGAAAUUAAAGGUCGCAUCUCCACAGCCUCCUCUGAGGGGUUCGUUUUUUUUAUUAAGAGGUUCCUGAAAGUUCCUCUCUGUAGAUGAUGAGUCCCAAAACUAGAUCAUUCAGAUGUCUAGUCUGUCUGCCUGUAUCCUUGUAUGGUUUGUCAUAUACUUCUGUAAAGUCAAACCUUUUGUUUCCCAGCAUGCACCUGGACAUAUCCUAACCCGUCUAAAUCACAUGUUGUUAUUUCGCACAGAAUUUAUUCAUUUUUGGGAAAGUCAGUCACAGAAGUGGAUCGCUCAGGAUUUAUUACUGUGAGUUUUGUUUUUGCUACAUUGUUUGUCUCAGUUGUGUUUUUUAUUUGAAAUAAUAUUCAGGGAUUGUAAUUAAGGUAAAUGAAGUGUUGUGUUCACGUGCACUAGAUGUGUUGUUUCAGAUUUCGGACGGGAACAAAAUUUUCACGUUGAUUUGGUUUAAGACGAUGCCACGGCAGAAUUCCAAAGGGAAUUUUUUUUUCAUUUUGCAUCCUUAUACUAGGUUUUUUAUUAUGUUAGUACAUCCCCGAGUCGUUUAACAUACAAAUCAUGUUUUUUUUUUAUAUAUAUAUAUAACAGAACUGUUAUUUACCAAGCAAUUCCUGAUUUCUGUGUUAUGUGGUUUCGGGAUAUUAGAUUGAAUGACCCCUUAGUGACAUCAUUUUUCUCCUCACCCUCAUUUCUCCUCUUUUUUUCAUUUAAUGCACUUUUGAUUUUUAACUCUUUAGUGUUUUAUUACUAAACAGGCCUAACCUAACAUUUAACAAACUAUUUAAGGUCAUAACUUAAGAUGUAUUAUUUACUAACCUAGUAUCUGAUGUAGAAACUAGAUUUUUAAUAUAUUUGUGUUUGUGGAAUUUGAGAAGGGACUCAAACACCUUGUGUUAUGGAAAUAAACCAAAUUUAUUUGUCCUUUUUUUGCACCUAAAUUGUAAUUUUAUAAGCUAAAAUGUUGUGCUUGUUUUUGGUGGUAAAUGGUGACCACACAGGGAAAAUCGUCUGGCUUAGAGACAUUUGUGAGCUGAGAUGCCAAGAAUACAAACCAAACAUGAUUCGAACUUCAGCUUCAUUACAUAACGCACAAUACAUAAAUAUUUCUUGCAAUUUUACAUCAAACUGUACAAACCUUAUAUAUAUCAAAACAUUUUCUGCAUAUACACCAACAGCUUUGUGUUAUGUACAUUUUUAUUGCAAGAUGAAUUGUACGGUACUGCUUCAUGCAUGGUUUAAUAGUAACGUAUUGAAGUGUCCUUAUUUACUUCUUCCUGUCGUUGAUGUCAUCGAGCUCUCCGCUGCCAAUCAGGUCAAAUGUUAAUGCUUGAAGACGAUGUCACUUGUAGUGACACCAAACACCAUGUGAUCUGUUUUGUGAUAAUGACAGUUAAAUAGAUAUAGUUUGAUGUCAUGUAACCAUGAUGGUUGUGUUUUCCCUGUGUUUAGCUGCUGUCAGAGCCUUGUAUUAGCCUUAUGUCGUUGUUUUUUAUAAUAAAGCAAAAAAAUCAU